UUAUCGCAGUAGGUCGUAAGUAAAAAAAUCCCUUUUUUUGUGUCCCAUUGUGAUGAAUCUAGAGAACUGUAGCAGUUGCAGUAGGUGGUAAGAUGACGGACUAAUGAAAAUCCGAAUAUCAUGACUGUACAUUUGUGGACGCGUCUGUCAAGACACAGAGGUAGAGAACGUUUUUCGUUCCUACCGAAAACUUCAGUAGAUUGAACAUGGGCUUGGACUUCAUGAUUCGUUAGAGAUCGGUAUUCGGUAGUUGCAGAUGCGAUCAGUCGAAAGUAUCUUGUUUUCUUUGUUGCAAUCAUGUAUCAGAACACUUGAGCAUCGUAUCAUUUUUAGCACGCUACUCAACACUGAAAGAGCCGCAGGCCCUGAAAAAAAUUCGUCGAUCACUGAAUCCCUAGCCCUUUGCACGCAAUAUUCGAAGACUGUUGUAAUGCGUAAGUCAUUUGUUUUGUAAUAAAAUGUCAUUGGAGAAGAUACUCAAAACAAAAGCUCAAAGUAUUUCCUACGGAUUGUUGGCGGUCCAGUACCUAUGCUAUGCUUAUCUUAAAAAUUGAUAUAAAAUAAAAGAAUAAUUAUCACAAAGUGAGUUUAAACACCGACAAUUACACGUUGGUUUAUCUUCUAGUGAUUUGUUUAUAAUAUCUACCGAAAUUGAAUUUGAUUGUUUAAGGAUUGAGAAAGAUGGAAUCAAAGGAUGUUAGGUUUGAGAAUGUGAACGAGGAUCUGCUGGUAUCCAAUAUUAAGCAUCACCUCAUGUCCCGAGAUGAUAAAAUUAAGCUUGAAGCUGUACAAUUUUUGCUGAUUUAUCUUGAAUUUAAAACAUCAGGUAAUGACGAUACGUCACAAAAUGUAUGUGAUAGGUUUAUUGAAGCUGAUAUUGUGGAAUAUUUGGGAGAAGCCAUGGCAACUCAAGAUUCCAUACUUUUGAGGGAAAUUUUGAAAUGUUUAGAAUUUUUCUUAAAUAGUGAAAAAUUUUCCACUCAAAUUCGAGCUGCAUAUGUGGUAGAAUGUAUGCAGCGCACUUUGUAUUUUUUAUUCAAGCAGUCUCAAAAGGAACUUUCAACAGCGAAUGAUGCUUUAAGACUUUUAGCUGUGUUUAUUGAAGAGUUCAAUAAAAAUUUGACUCUGAAGCAGUUGUUUGGAAACAAUGCAAAUAUUUUGCAAGUGCUUUCCCUUGUAAUGUCAAUAUUGAAGAACAAAGAAGAGUUGGGUGAUGAAAUUAUUAUUAAUGCUUCACUCGUGUUGUAUAGCCUUUUCUCUCAAAGUGACCCAGCUCUCACAGAUUGUGAUUUUCUGAGAGAGGUACCAGAUGUUAUCCAGAAAAGUCUUGCAUCUCUAGCUCUCCUAUGUAAUUCAAAAGAUUUUGAGAGAAUCUGUGCUAAAAUAAUAGCACUUAUGGCAAAGAUUGGAUCUGGAGCACUU